UACUCUCUCCUUCUCUCUCUCUCUCUCUCUCUCUCUCUAUCCUACAGUCACAUUGACAAGUUACGGUAAACAACGUUGACAAUGAGUAAAAGAUCAAGCUCUGCUGCAAACCUGUCUAGUAAGGAAACUGCAAAGAAAAAACAUAGAAAAGAUACAGAACCUUUAGAAUCUGAUGAAGAUGAAGAAGUUAUUGAGAGCUCAUUGGCUGAACCAUUGUAUAGACAUGUGCAUUCUAAGGCAGAGCCGAUUGUUGGAGUGAUUAAAAAAAUUAGUAUGUUCAAUUUUAUGUGUCAUAACCGACUAGACGUCACAUUGGGAAGUCAUGUCAACUUUAUUAUCGGAAGAAAUGGCAGUGGGAAAAGUGCUAUUGUUACAGCACUUGUGGUUGGACUGGGAGGCAAAGCUUUGUCUACAAACAGAGGAAGUUCUAUAAAGAAUUUUAUUAAAACAGACAAAAGAUCUGCAUGGGUUGAGGUGACCCUAAACAACAGAGGUAUGGAUAGCUACAAGCAUGAUGUUUAUGGUGAUAGCAUCACUAUCAGGAGGAAGUUUACUUGUGAUGGUGUCAGUGGCUAUAGCAUCUUAUCAGAUUCAGGUCAAGUGAUCUCCUCGAAGCGUGAUGAGGUGCAACGAAUUACAGAUCACCUUAACAUCCAAGUAGACAACCCUGUGUCCAUUCUCAACCAGGAUACAAGUAGGAGUUUCCUAAACACCAAGUCAGCAGCUGAUAAAUUUAAAUUUUUCAUGAAAGCUACUCAGCUAGAACAGAUGAGCUCAGAUUAUGACCUAGUCAAGAAAAAUAAAGAGAUAACUCGCCAGGAGAUCACUUCUAAGGAGUCGGUGUUGCCAAUAAUGUUGAAAGAAGUGAAAGUUUGGGAGAAUAAGUUCAAGAACCUGAUGGCCUUGUCAGAGCUAAAAGAUAAGAUCAAAGCACUCAAGAGAGAACUAGCUUGGUCUCUUGUCAUUGAGAAGGAAAAGGGGCUGAAACCUUUAGAGAAAGCACUGAAAUCAAAUGAAGCAGCACUUCCAAAAUUUGUGAAAAUGGUUGAUCAAGCCAAGGACACUGUAAAUGAAUGGGAUGUUAAACUUAAAGAGCUGGAGCAAAGACUGAUAGACUGUGGUCAAGAAAUACAACUCCUGGAGCCAUUACUUCAGGAGAAGAAAGGAGAUUUGCAGAAGGCAAAAGAUGAUCUUGUGCCACUCACUAAUGAACUUAGAAUUUGUGAUAAAGAUUUAUCAAACACUCGUCAGGAGUGUAAACAAUGUCAAGAUAGAAUUGAAGAACUAAAAGUCAUUGCAUCCCAUGACUUUGAAGCAGAUCGGAGACAAAGAGAGGAGCAAAUAAGCAGCCUGAAGCUUAAGUUAGAUGAAAUAGUGUCUAAAAAGAAAGUUUCUGAGCAUGAAUUAGAUCAGCACCGCAGUGCAGUGGCUAAAUAUAAGGCUGAUGCCUCACAAUUAGAGGCCCCAUUGAGAACAAAGCAGACAAAGCUCAAAGAUGUGAAGAUGGCUAUUAGAAGGCUACAGGCAGCAACAAAUGACAGACUACAAAGAUAUGGUGAAUGGAUGCCAGUUCUUAUAAGGAAUAUACAGCAGUCUAAAAGACAUUUUCAUAAAGUGCCAAUUGGACCUCUGGGUGCCUGUUUUGAUCUAGUGGACACCAAGUGGGCUUUAUCUAUAGAGUCUUGUCUGAAAGCUUUGGUCAGUUCUUUUGUCUGCCAUGACAGGCACGAUGAAAAGAUUUUGGAAGAUAUCUUUCGCAGCUUACAAGUAACACCUCGACCAUCUAUCAUAACCUGUCCCUUCUCUAACGUGGUACAUAAUGUUUCAAAAUAUAGAGUAAGAAGUGAACGCUUCCCUUGUGUGCUCGAUGUUAUAAAAUGUGAUAAUCCGGUGGUUAUCAAUACAUUGAUUGAUCAGCGCAACAUUGAAAAUGUCCUACUGAUUGAGGAUUCAAAUGUGGCAAGGGAGGUGAUGUUAAGGAAUCCGCCAACUAACUCAAGGGAAUGCUUUACACUAGGAGGGGAUCAGGUGUUCUGCACGCCAACAUUCCGCUACUACUCAUCAGACAAAACCACAGCCAGGUAUCUCAUGGAAAAUGUUCAGGAUCAGAUUGUCAAACUUGAGAGAGAAGAGAAACAGCUAGAGGAAGAAAUUAAUGCAAUGGCCCACCAGCGUGACAGUCUAAAUCAAGAGAUUGCCAAGAACCAACAGGAAGAGAAGAAAUUAAUGACACAAGUACACAAACACACUGAGAUCAUAAGUCGCCUCACGUUUGAGAUUCAAGAGUUAAAAAAUGUUGAGGAUCCUGCCCCUGUGGAUGUCACCACUCUGGAAGAAGAGGUUCAAGUAUACAAUGAGAAAAUAAAAGUGCUUCAAGCAAAAAGAAAUUCCACCUUGGAGGAAAAAAAGAAGGCUGAAGAAAGAUUGAAAGUAGCCAAAGAAAGUUACUUGAGGGUUGAAGCAAGCAUAAGGGAAAAAUCAGACAAUGGCAUUCCCCUAAGGGAGGAGAUCAGCCAAACACAGGAUAACCUGUAUAAUGCACGGCAUAGUGUAAAACACUACACUUCGAAAUUGAAAGAACAAGAAAAAGUCAUACAAGAUUGUCUAAAUCAAGUGGAAAACUAUAAGCGAGAAGUGGAAGCAAAUAAAGAGAAAGCUAGAGAAGUUUGUGAACCUAUACAAACUAACAGAACACCAAACAGUAUAGAAAGUGAGAUCACUCAAAUAGAACGAAGGAUCAAUGAAGAAGAAGAGCAACAGGGUAAUGAAGAGGUUAUCUCAACAACAUAUAAGCAGAAGAAAGAUGCUCUAGAUCGAGUGAGAAAAGAGAUUGGGCAGAUGAAGGCAUAUAUUGAUAAGUUAGAUGAGGUGAUGGUUAAAAGGGAAAUAGCCUAUCAAAGAAUGCGCAAACUGAUUGCAAGUCGAGCUAAAUAUUACUUCCUCAUCCAAAUGGCACAGCGAUCCUUCACUGGUAAAAUGAACUUUGAUUUCACCAAAGAAACGCUAGAAAUUGUAGUGAAUACAUCCAGUGAUUCACAAGAUGGGAAAGGCAGCACUGGUAUGGAGGCCAAAGAUUUGAAGUCCUUAUCUGGCGGUGAACGCUCCUUUUCUACAGUCUGUUUUAUUUUAUCUCUGUGGGAAGCCAUGGAAUCUCCAUUCAGAUGUUUGGAUGAAUUUGAUGUAUUUAUGGACAUGGUUAACAGAAGAAUUUCUAUGGACAUGAUGAUGGCCACAGCUGAUAUGCAUAAAAAUAUGCAGUUCAUUUUCCUGACACCACAAGAUAUGAGUUCCGUGAGAAAAAUCAGUGAUGUGAAAAUUUUCCGCAUGCAGGAUCCUGAAAGAAAUCAGGACCAAGGAGUGGCUACCAAGUCAUUGUCGUAAUAAGACUAUUUAGUAAAAUCUGAAUAGAUCAACAUGAAUAAGUUUGUUAAUAUUAUGUACAUAUUGUAUAACUUCACUGCAAUAAAAUGUUACACUUUG